UAUUUCUAACCUUCUAGGCCUACAACUGAUGCUAAGCAGUUGGAUUUGCUGGUAGCUUUUAUGGAAACCAAUCCAAACAUAGCAAAAAAUUACUUGCCGACGAGCCAAGCCAAAGCCAAAUCCAAAAUUCUUUGGAAGGCUUUGACUGAUAAGCUAAAUGCAUGCGGUCCUCCAGAGGAACCAAUGGAUGGUUGGAAAAGUGUAUGGAAAGAUUUUAGGUACAAUCUUAAGCGCAAAAUGCGAGGAAAUUUGCUCCAUGGCACAGGGGGUGGCCCGAAUAAGCAAAACAAAUAUUCAGAAAAUGAAAAAAUAGUAAUUGCGAUUCUAGACCUAAAUAAGGCCGUGUCAGGUAAUUUAUCAGGGAAACAAUUCGGUGAUCCGAGUGAUGCGAAUAUUCAAGUGGCGGCCGGCAGCAGCACCAGUGUUAAUGUGACUAUGGAAGAAGCUGAUGAGCAGAAAGUACUUCUCGCUAUGUUCAACGAUGACUCUUUACCACAACCAGACAACAAUGAAAAUACUGAGCCACAACCAGAUAAUAGUGAACAUUUUGCAGAAGAUGUCAACCCACCACCUUCCCGUAAUAAAAAAGCACCAAUGUUAAUAGGAGUGAAGUUAGUUGCUCCUUUAAAAAAUUAUCAUUUUUCGUUUUUGCCUGGCAACUUUUUUUGCUUUCUAUUUUCGUAUCUUAUAAUCGCUCUUCACCAUGACUUUCGUUUCUUCGAGUUUCGUUUUUUCUGCCGUUCGUUUCGUAAUUCAUAAUAAGGGCCCU